AUGUCUGAAUACCGCCUAAGGCUGAACAACUACCUACAGGCCAACCCAGCCGUAGGCCCAUUAACACGUCAGGAAAGUUCUGAAGGCCCCUCCAGCAAUGCCACAUGGACUGUUGUAGCUUUCCUCAAGGGGGUAGAGUAUGGCAGAGGGGUGGCGCGGACCAAAGCAGAGGCUACAGAGAUCGCUGCCGAGCGGGUAUUAACUGAACUCAACGUGCCGCAUUAG